AUGAACACAAACGCGACGCGUCGUUUGCUAGCGCUGCAAAGGACCUUGAUACCAAGCGAGUUUUCCCGGCUCGUCGACGUUUCAGACUCCUCGCAGCCGGCGACGGAGCAUCUCCUCGUUCUCCCCGAUGGUAGUCAGCUUGGUACUCGACGACGCACGGAGGGAGUGUCCGACAAUCUUCCAUCAACGACAAUUGUGAUAGGCGGAGUAGAUGUCUCUACCGUCCGCAAACUGGAUCGGCCUGCCGUUUCGCUUCUGAACAGCGCAGUUGGCACGUCAUUUGAGGCCUCCGCUGCCCACGUACCCAAGUACCCCGUCUUCGCGUUGGAACCACCUGCACCCGAGUCAGCUAUCACAAUCCCUGACGUCUGGGCCACUAUCUGCGCGCUGUUCACGGCCUACCAUGAGCAGGAACACAUCCCCCUCGUCCUUUCCCCUUCCCUCGCGAACGCCAACGAAAUAGCGAACUACAUCCUCCGAUCUGGCCUUGGUAUCAAGCCAGUUCGUACAAGGGCGAAACAGACAUCCUCUUCUGAGCAGACGAAAGACGACGCCCUAUUCCUCAGCAGAACGACUUUCUGGCAGGCCGCAGGAACAAUAGGGUACCAUUCUCGAGGCUGGCUCCAACAUAACCUCACCGCUGCAGUCCAUUUCCCCUACGUACAAUCCUUCACUCGCAGCGAAUCUGUCAUAACCUCGCAUCCGUUGCGCCCACCGAAGCCCUCGCCCGGCGAGCUCUUGUACAGGAGAUAUUGCCCUUCGGUCAAGAAAUUCCUCGAAUUCCGCUAUUUCUGCCUCGACGAUUCUUCAUCAGUCGAUGGGCCUUUGCAUCAUCUUGAGUCGCUCCACAGGUGGCACAACAACCCGCGUGUGGCCGCUGGAUGGGGCGAAGACGGCUCGCUUGAAUAUCAUCGGAAAUAUAUCACCAACGCAAUGGAGGAUCCUAACGUCAUGCCCGUAAUAAUGAGUUGGGAUGGCGAACCCAUGGGGUAUCUGGAAUUCUUUUGGGUCAAGGAAAAUCAUCUUUCCCAGUACAUGGGAGGGGGAGACGUUGGUGGCGCCGCACAUGAUUGGGAUCGUGGUAUCCAUGUCCUGGCCGGCGAAGACAAGUUCAAAGGGGUGGCAUAUUCUAUGGCGUGGCUGAGGUCCGCCAUCCACUAUGCGUUCUUGGCAGACACCAGGACUGUGCGUGUUAUGGGUGAACCGAGAUAUGACAAUGAAGCAAUUAUGCGAGCCUGCAUCAACGCAGGAUUGCAUGUAGGAAAGAUAUUCGACUUUCCGUACAAGAGAUCCGCCCUAACAAUUACCUCGAGAGAUAGAUUCUUCCAGCUUGACCUUCUCUGA